AUGGCCUCUCGCACCACCGGCCGCAUCUUCAGGCGCCUCGGAUACCUCUCCGUCGCCGGCGCGGCCGCGGGCGGCACAGUCUACUUCAUCUACCGCCCGCGCGAAGUGCCCGGGCUCGACGCCGCGUCCGUGCCGCCUCCCACCUACGGCGAAGGCGGUGUUUUCCGCCCUCCUCACUUCCCGCAAGUCAAGAGCCGUGCGGAGCAGAUUGCGGAUUUGAAGGCGAGUGCCGGCGGCUCGUUCCAGAAGGCGAAGAGUAAUAUUCUUGGUGUGCUUGGUGGAGGGGAGUCGGAGGGGGAUGCGGCGAAGGGUGCUGCUGCUGCUGCUGCUGGUGGUGGGGAGGAGGGGGAUCCGUAUGAUUUACUUGUCAUUGGAGGCGGGGCGACGGGCACUGGUAUUGCGCUUGAUGCUGCGUCGCGAGGACUGAAAGUCGCUCUUGUAGAGCGGGAUGAUUUCGCUUCCGGGACCAGCAGCAAGAGCACCAAGCUCGUGCACGGCGGCGUGCGGUAUCUCGAAAAAGCGGUCUGGCAGCUGGACUACAACCAGUACAAGCUCGUCAAAGAAGCGCUGCGCGAGCGCCGCUACUUCCUCGACACCGCGCCGCAUCUCUCCUCCUGGCUGCCGAUCAUGAUCCCCGUGGAGAAGUGGUGGCAGGCGCCGUACUUCUGGGCGGGCACCAAGGCGUACGACUUCCUCGCCGGCUCGGAGAAUAUCGAGAGCUCCUACUUUCUCACGCGCAGCAAGGCGCUCGAUGCCUUUCCCAUGCUGAAGAAGGACAAUCUGUGGGGCGCGUGCGUGUACUACGAUGGCGCGCAUAACGAUUCGCGGAUGAAUAUUUGUCUGGCGAUGACGGGGGCGUUGUAUGGGGCUACGAUGGUGAAUUAUAUGGAGGUUACGGGGCUGGAGAAGGAUGCUCAGGGGAAACUGUGUGGGGCGAAGGUGAGGGAUUUGGUCGAUCAGAAGGAUGGCAAGACGCCGCAGGAGUUCUCGAUCAAGGCAAAGGGCAUCAUCAAUGCUACCGGGCCGUUCACGGACGCCGUCCGCAAGAUGGACGAUCAGUCGGUCGAAGAGAUUGUUGCGCCCAGCUCGGGAGUGCACGUUGUGUUGCCUGGAUACUACUCUCCCGCCGAUAUGGGGCUCAUUGACCCGGCGACAUCCGAUGGCCGCGUAAUAUUCUUCCUGCCGUGGCAAGGGAACACGAUUGCUGGAACCACCGACUCACCCUGCGACAUCAAGCAGAAUCCCGUUGCCAAGGAGGAAGAGAUUGACUGGAUCCUGAAAGAGGUCUCCAACUACCUACAACCCGAGAUCAACGUCCGCCGAGGAGACGUGUUAGCCGCAUGGUCCGGCAUCCGCCCCCUCGUCCGCGACCCCAAGAAAGCCGCAUCCGAAGGCCUCGUACGCAACCACCUCGUCACCACCUCGCCAUCCGGCCUCAUCACCAUCUCCGGCGGCAAAUGGACCACCUACCGGCAAAUGGCGGAAGAAGCAGUGGACGAAGGCAUCAAAGAAUUCCACCUGCAAACCCAGCACGUGUCCAACCCGCCGCUCGUCAGCGGGGUGGAGGGCUUCCACGAAGACAUCACCCUCGACGGCAGCUGCAAAACGCACAACGUGCGCCUCAUCGGCGCCCACGGCUUCUCCAAAACCCUCUUCAUCAACAUCAUCCAGCACUUUGGCGUCGAGACCGACGUCGCUAAGCAUCUGACUGCGUCGUACGGCGAUCGCGCCUGGACUGUUGCCUCCCUCUGCGCCCCCACCGGCUCCCGCUUCCCCGUCCGCGGCGAACGCAUCUCCCCGCUCUACCCCUAUGUCGACGGCGAAGUGCGCUACGCAGUACGCCACGAGUACGCGCAGACAGCCGUCGACGUGGUCGCGCGCCGCACCCGUUUGGCCUUUUUGAACGCGCAGGCGGCCCUCGAAGCCCUGCCCAAGAUUAUCGAUCUCAUGAGCGAGGAGCUGAAGUGGAGCAAAGCGCGCCGGGCGCAGGAGUGGACGGAUUCCAUGCAGUACUUGGAGAGCAUGGGUUUGCCGAAGAGCAAGUUGGGGCUGUCGCGGGAGGAUGUGGAGGCGGGGCGGGUGGGCAAGUAUACGGAUGAGGAGUUUGGGUUGUAUGCGAGGAAUGAUAAACCGGAUGAGAUGCUGGCUUCGGAUGCCAAGUUUAUUUCGGGGCGGAAUCCUACUAUGGGACAGGAUUCGGCGGCGAAUAAGUAA